CCUAGGCAGAUGCCUCGUCCGCCUGCCCCUAAGCACGGCCCUGCAUCCGGAUGUGUUGCGAUUCUUUCUUUUGCUGAAGAUGGCCGAUUGGAUGAAAGAGAUAGAGAAUCAGUCUUGUGUAAGCACGUGCGCGGAACAACAAAUGACUGAGCGAGUGUGGGCAUCUCCAAAGGAGGGAGGUCGUAAAAUAUGACGACAGCAACUUGAAUAAACAACAAACCGAACGCAGAAAGAAAUCGAGAAAAACCCCGGAUUCACUAUUUAAGGAAGUUAAUUACGUCUAGCGGGAUCCUUGCAGAUUGUGUUCUGCUUCACAUAUUCGUUAUAUUCGGAGAAAAUAUAUUCGGAGAAAAACUCUUGACUUUCGUUUGACAUCUUCAGUCCUUCGUUGACUGUUGCUUGUGGUAGCUGCUGAAGCCGUGUGAAGACGAUAAGCCAGCGUGUUUAUAUCGUUCAUCGUGUUGUCGAAGUUUCCUCAAAUUCAUCAUUGAGCUUUCUCACUCUUCUGCAGUGUCACAGAGCCAGACGUGAACCAGCAAAGUCUACUGUAACCUCACACACCGACCACCACCAUGUCCCACCCCCGGGGAAGGAUAGGAGAGCGACCGGGUGGCACUACCUCCAGAAGUGUAUUUUUCUAUGGUCCACCGAGAUCAGGGGCACGGUCCUAUCGCAAGGACCUGGAGUUCUGCAAAUCCAAGGCGGCAAAAAUCAAAAGGGAUUUAUGGAAGCAAAUCGAGGCGGAUGAAAAACGGAAACAAAUCACCUCGGAGAAAGCUGAGUCGUCUGGCGCUUUGGUCGUGAGGAAUGCAGACCUUCAAGAGAAAAAGAAUGCAAUCGAGCAUCACACGUAUGAUUACGAGAGUGUCCAGAGUGAACAACCGGAAGCCGUCUUCCGCCGAGGAAUGGAGUUUCAGGAUGACCAUCACCUUUAAUCGUCCUUACGAUGCUUCAAAGGACAUUCUCAGCUUUAUCUUCUUCGCGGACAUCCAAAACCCAGCCAAGAACAUGCGAGUGGAGUUUGAUCUUGGUGACAUUGGGAAACUGGAUCGUUACAAGUCGAACAAGACUUGGGGUGCAUGCCUACACAACGACAAAACAAGGGCUGACCUCAGGGAACAGAUCUCAGUGUUGGUGUACAUCCCGGGUACUGCCGUGGUGGCCGAGUGGGAGAUGAGGAUCAAGACCACCCUCGUCCACGCUGACUACGUGUGGAUCUACCCUAAGCCUAUCUACGUCAUUUUUAACCCUUGGUCAGCAGAUGACCGGGUUCACUUCUUGGAGGAUAAGAGCCUGUUGAAUGAAUAUAUAGUCAACGAAGAAGGCAACGUGUUCGUCGGAAACGAACAUCAAAUCUCCUCAUACUCCUGGUUCUAUGGUCAGUUUCAAGUGGACAUUCUGCAGAUCUGUUUCUUACUCCUAAGAAAAGCUUUCGGUUUCGAGAUGACACCUAUUAUGGCAGACCCUGUGGACUUGUGUAGGGGGUUGUCAAGAAUUAUUAACAGCAACGACGAUGAUGGAGUUCUUGUUGGCAACUGGACUAGAGACUACAGUGGAGGGGUCUCCCCAACAACAUGGCGUGACAGCGUGUCCAUUCUGAGACAGUACUACACCACCAAGCAACCGGUCCGCUUUGGUCAAUGCUGGGUAUUUGCACAGGUGUUGACCACAGUCUGCAGAGCUCUGGGGAUCGCCUGCAGGUCGCUGACCAACUUCAACUCCGCCCAUGACACAGACAACACCUGCACCAUUGACCGUUACUACGACGAAGAAGGCAACAGGCUUCGUGAUUUUAGCGAGGAUGAUAACUGGAAUUUUCACUGCUGGAAUGAUGUGUGGAUACUGCGACCUGAUCUACCCCCUGGUUACGAUGGGUGGCAUGCACUGGAUUCCACACCUCAAGAACGAAGUCUCGGCUCGGUCCAGUGUGGCCCUUGCCCAGUUGCAGCUGUCCGCAGAGGCGACAUCGACAUCGGCUAUGACACCGCCUUCGUCUUCGCCGAAGUCAACGCUGAGGAAGUGAACUGGCUUGUCAAGGACGGUGGACAGAAGUUCAUACCUUCAUCUGUCAACUCCAAAAGCAUUGGAGUGAAGAUAAGCACGAAGAAGCCGACAGGGACUGCCCUGAGGAACUUGUCUGGCCAUGAAAGUGAUGACAGUUUCGUCAGACUGGACAUCACUGAUGAAUACAAGCCGAAAGAAGGUUCCGAAGAUGAGAGACGAUGUGUGGAGAGGGCCUUGCGCUUCAUGCGAUUCGGAGAAGAACUUUUCAAGACACAGCCUGAGCUGAAAGUGGGAUUCAUGAAGAGAGAAGAACCAUUUUUCGUCGGCCAAGAUAUCGUUGCCAGUUUCGUCGUCAUAAACAUCAGUAAAGACGACCGGCGAGUGUCAGUGACUUUGACCGCCCGUCACACGGAAUACUGGGACCGUAGUCUUUCGGACGACAACAUCGCCAAACAAAAAUUCAACGAGUGUGUGAUGCGAGCAGGACAAAGUCUGGUUUUCGAUCUACAAAUCCCUUACAAAACCUACAUAAAAGAAAAUAAAAAGUGGUUGUCGCUCUUCGUCUACGGCUGCGCAGUUGACCUCAAUGAUGACAUGCCUUACAGUGCCCAGAGACCACACACUGUCAGUCUGCCAGAACUUACAGUGAAGGGUCCCGCAUCGAUCAAGUCAGGUCAAGCAGUUGAGGUCAACGUCUCCUUUGUUAACCCUUUGCCUGACCGUCCUCUGACCGUCUGUAAGUUCAUCAUGGCCGGCAAUUUAGAACUUGCGGACAAGAAAGACAAGCGAUUCAUUUGGCGCAACAACAUGAUGAGUGCCAAAGUCAAAGAUGUUAAACCCGGCAAGAUAUUCUCAAUUAGCUUCAAGCUGACAGGGACAACAACUGUGGCUGACAAGACCAAGUCGAUGAAGUUUGACUUCAAGUCCAAAGAGCUGAGGGAUCUCAAUGGCGACUAUGUCCCUGAGAUUAUUCCUUGAGACGAGAAGCAGACGACAGUUAACAUUCGGUUGUAUGCAGCGGUCCAGCUUGCUGCAAAUACAGAAAUAAUUUCAAGAAAAAAAGCUACUACUAUAGAAUAAAUGCCUCCUUACAGCUACUUAACUUGAUGUUGACUUCCACCUCUCAGUGGAAAUGACAUUGAUGGUCAUAGAAAGAGUGUCCUUUUUAUAAAAUACAUGACCAAUGAAAAAUAUGAAGCCCAGGUUUGUUCUAAUAUCUCACUGGUGCCACAUAACUAUAGACAAUAUGUUGAAUCUUUAUAUUUACUCACGCUACAAUUUAAACAGUUUGCUGUCGAUAAACGCUUGUUGCUUAUUCUACUUUUGAGAAGUUAUUACUUAAGUUCCGAAUCUAAUAGUAUUGAAUCAAUUAUAACUAUUAUUAUCAUCAUUAUUAUUAUCAACGUAUUUUUUCUACAUUUUUUAUAAAAUUGUAUUAGAUUUUAUGUACACGGGACUAAAAGGGUGAACUCCUUAUAAUUAUACAUUUUAAGCUGGACUAAGGACAUGGAUAUAUGUUAUACUGAACAACUUUACUCUCACUUAUAAUGAUGUCCUAGUAACAAGGACCAGGUCACAUUAUCUGACAAAGUCAAUUCUUUUGCAAAUUGUUUUGUAUAUUUUGAAGUGUUUAUUAAAGUUAUUCACCAAUCUCUCUAUAUGCCUGUCACUAAUUAUUGCGUCUAAUACAGUGCUCAUGACAGCUUUAUCUCACAAUAACACAAUUAAUAAAGCAAUGUCUAC